CGGAUCCUCCCCGUCCCGCUCCGCCCCGCCGCGGAGGAGCGCGGCUGCCGGGGCCGGCGGGGCGCAGCAUGCGGGCGGCCUGAGAUGGCGGCGCCGUGCCGGACGCGGACGCUGCAGGUGGUGGACACGGAGUUCAGCGCCGACGCCGUGGAGUGGUGCCCGGUGGAGGGCUGGCACAGCAUCCUGGCCUGCGGCACCUACCACCUCCGCCCGCCCGCCGCGAGCGACUCCAAAGGAAGCAAUGAGGCCUGCGACCGGACAGGGCGCCUCUACCUGUACCACUACAACGAGGAGCAGCCUUACAUCCCGCUGACCGAAAUCCAAAGGAUAGACACCGCUGCCAUCCUAGACAUCAAGUGGUGCCAUGUUCCAGUUGCAGAACAUCCCAUGGUUGGCAUUGCAAACUCAACAGGGGCCGUGGAGUUCUGCCACCUGACUGGAAGUGAGAAGAACAGCUGCAUGUUGGAGCCAUGCUUCAGGGUCGAUCUUGGUGCACAGCGUCUGGCCUUGUCUUUAGACUGGUCCACGGGACGAGAGCAAUGUGGGUGUCCUCUGCGAGUGAUCAGCAGUGAUUCAGAGGGGAAGCUGAAUCUGUUCUCCAUAGAUGAAUCUGCUCCUUCUGUGAAUGUCCUGAACCAGUGGGAAGCUCACAAAUUUGAGGCCUGGAUUGCUGCUUUCAAUUACUGGAACACUGAUAUUGUGUAUUCAGGAGGAGAUGACAACCUGCUAAAAGGCUGGGACACCAGGUGCAGUCCAGAGACUCCUGUCUUCACCAGCAGGAGACAUUCAAUGGGUGUGUGCAGCAUUCAGUGCAGUCCCCACCGGGAGAAUCUUCUGGCUACUGGCAGCUACGAUGAGCACGUGCUGUUGUGGGACACCAGGAACAUGAAGCAGACGCUGGCAGACACCCAUGUUGAAGGGGGAGUUUGGAGGCUGAAGUGGCACCCAACUUGUGAUUUUGUGCUGUUAGCAGCCUGCAUGCAGAGCGGAUUCAAAAUCCUGGACUGCCGUGGAAGCAUGGCGGAGAACAUGGAGGAAUGUAUCAUCCUGUCAUCCUACGUCUUGCACAAUUCCUUGGCCUAUGGGGCUGACUGGUCAAGACUCUGCCCGAGGGAUUCCUUGUCUGCAGCCCAGGACUCUGCUGCUACAUGCCAGUCUUCGGGGGAGUUUGUGGCAAGACCAGAGGAAGGAGACGAGAGACUGAAUUUGCAGGUUCGAAACCUGAAGAUAAUUUACGAGUCCCCUACAGCUACUUUUGAUGUAAUAUUGGAUGAGGAGAGCGAGGGCCCUGUCUUGCCGCUCAAAGAUGAGGUGUGUCCUAAGCUGUCUGGGGAUCCUGACCUGGGUAGGGAGCCUGGUUUAAGGGAGAGUUCGGGCACUGACCGAGGGGGAGACCCUGAGUCAGUCGGCAGUUCUGACCCGGGAGCUAAGAGACCCAAUGGAAUGAGCCUGGACAGAAGUGACGAUUCAGCCAGGUCUUCAGACAGUCCAAAAGAAAUGAGCAUUGUAGCAACCUGUUCUUUCUAUGAUAAUAUCCUACACAUCUGGAAGUGGGAAAUGAGCCUGGCCACCCCGUCGGAGAUGGCCAGUACUAGAUCUCCACCUGAAAGAACGGUUGAAAGUUUGCAUUGACAGUCCUGAGGGAAAAGGGUAGGAAAAUUUCUGCACUGACAGUAACAUCUAAGCUUAUGCCCUAAUUUCUUUUGUUUUUUUCCAGUUCUUAUGGUUGAGUUUUUAAGUCUUUAGAAGUCAAUACUGAUGGAGUUAUUUCCUGAUGCUUUUAUUUUCAGCACUGAGGAAAAAAUCUGUUUUGAGAAGCACGGUUGAGCACAGACACAUUUAUUCAGUUUUCCCUUAAUGUACUAAUUCAAAGUAGGACAGCCUUCCUCUCAGAGGCUACCUGUUUGUACAUUAUGUUGGAAUCCCUUCAAGGCUGGUUUGCAUUUGUAUGGUUGAAGCCUGUUCUCCUCCUUCCAAAACAAACCAAACUUGUCUGUGCUCCUCCAUGUAGCCAAACACAGACGAUGUGAUCAGAGGUUUCCAUACAUUCCUCAAAAAAGUCCAUGAGUAGAGGCUUAGACGUGCAUGUAGCUUGUCGUGUGAUCCGUGAACUAGCAUGUUCUUUGAGAAGACACUCAAAGGCAGUCCAGAUACUGACAGUGCGUUGUGCUUGUGGUGAUACUUAGUAAAAAGAAAUUCCUUUUAUGGAAGGAAAUCCAAACUGACUAGUGUGACAGAGAGCAGCUCAGCAACAGGAAGCUUUGUUCCAAUUAGGGCCUUUCUUGUAAGGAUUCUGGUAUAUCUGCACACUCAAACUUUAUGUCAGGCUCAUCACCUGGAUGCAAUCUCACUUUAUCGCUCUCCAAGCUAAGCACGAGCUGGCUUAGCAGAACUUGUGUAGGGAGCCCUGCUUGUAUUUUAGUGCCACACUUAAUCAACUCCCUCCCCACCCCGUAGGCAUCAAACCAUUGUUGUUGUUUUUUUUUUCCUCCGUAUUAAGACGUACAUUUAGGUCCAAAGUCAAGAUCUUACAGGUUUUUUUCAAAGGUGAACAGCUUUAAAAACCUCCAAAAAGUAUAGGCAAUGUUUCCUGACAUUUUUUUAAGUUCUAAGUACAGAAACCAAAAUCUUAACAGCAUUGCCCUAACUACCUCCAGGAAUGGCUGCAGAAUUUCUCAUGGUUACUCCAUUAGCUUUCUUUUUUCACUGUGAAAUAUCAGCAAAACACCGUUUCUGGAAACACUUUUUCUGUUUUUAAUUUCCUUCUAGAAACAAAAAAAAGCUUAGAUUAGGUAGGUAAUUUCUAGCUUGCAUGGUUUCUCUUUGAGAGUCCUAAAGAAUUGGUUGCCUGGAGGGAAAGAAACACCAGCAACAACUUUCUGUAACAGUGCUGCAUCUAAAACGAGGUACAGUAGAUAAGAAUUUUACUGCUUUGAAACUCUUUUUUCAAAGGUGAAUGUGUAUUUUAAAAAACUCUCGAGCGCUGUUACAUUAAGAUUCAUAUUAGUAUUGUGAACAAGAGCUUUUGUUAAAAAACACCCUAUUUUUGGAUGUUUCUAAAAUAAAAUCAAUUCAAGUGAUU